CUUGUUUUAUGUUUGUAGGUACAAUCAUGUGGAGUCAGGAGGCUGUCCUCCUUUUGAUAAGUUUGUACUCUGAACAUAAAGAGUUGUUCAAUAACAACUUGUACAAACAAAAAGAUGUUUGGAUAAAAAUAUCUAAGGGUAUAGAAGAGAAAGGCCACCACUUUCAGCCUCAUCAUUGUGACAGUAAAUGGCGUGCAUCAAAACACAGACACAAGGUUAUCACAGAUGACAAUGGGAAAAGUGGACGUGGCCGACGUACCUGGCAGUAUUUUGAUGCCAUGAACGAGGUUCUUGCUGGUGACCCAGCAGUGAGGCCACUUAGAGUAAUGGGCUCUACAGAAAAUGUUCGAGAAACAACAGAGUUGUCGGAGACUAAUAAUAGAAGUAAGCCUCCACUGCCCCCAAGUACUUUGAGGAUCAGAACUCCUUCACCUUCUCUAAGGCCUUCGUCACCCUCAACUCCGGUUAGAACCCACAGUCCAUCACCAUCACCAUCUGACAAUGGAGCAACUGGCGGUUCAGAGACUCCGGUAUUAAAUCGAAAGAGGAAAAGGAGUGGUGAGCCUCCAGAAUGGUUCAGAGCCUAUGCUGAGCAGGCUAAUAGACGAAUGGACUCUCUGGAGGAAAGCAAUAGGCAAAUGAUUGCCAUUGCACGAGAACGGAACAGCAUUCUAAAGACCCUUGCUGAGGCUUUAGCCAAACAGUAGACUUGUUGUGUUCAGAUGUUGAUUUGUAAAUGAUAUAAAAAUUGAACUUUAAAAUUGAGUGGACAUGCUGUUUGUAGAGAAAUGAAUGAUUGUUUGGAAAUUUGCUAUUUUUUGUGGUAAAAGUUUACUGAAAUAAGUGAAUGUAUCUUUCAUCCUUGUGAUUGUUCAGAAACACUCAGUGAUUCCCACCGACCUAGAUGUAUACUGGUAAGAAACCCAUGUACGAGUGCUAUACACUGGGCAUAUAGAACCAAGGGGUCUAUUCAAUUAGAGCUAGGGACUGGUUCCCGGAUUCCUUAGCUGUCUCUGGAAUCUGCUUAGGACCCUACUGGAAGUAAGUGCUUGCACUUUGUAGGUUAUCCUUGACCGCUCAGUGUAAAGAAAAUCAAUCAUGUAGCAAACCUUUGGUAAGCUAUAGAAUGCUAUCCUUUGUAGUGAUAUGAGGUUAUUAGUGUAAGAAAUUAGGAUUCGAAUCGACUAGGCUGGUCGGACUACCAGAUUGAAAUAUUCACUAGCCCAAAAAGACAUUUCACUAGCACGAUUCAUUUGUUCAAAACAGUUGUUUAUAUUGCCUCUGAAAAAACAGUAGCCUGGUUGGGCUUGAAACUGUGAAAAGUAGGUAGCCAGAGGAGAAAUUAAGUAGUCUGGGGCUAUAGGACUACUGCUUAUUUCAAACACUGGGUUAUCAUAAUAUAUCUAGAAAUAACUUAUGGCCACUGGACAGACUUUCAAUGUACAGUAUUACAUUCAAAUUACAACUCCUUUCAAUUAUGUAGAUGAGAAUGUAUGGUACAUAUAAGGUAGGAAUGGGAGAAAUUACUAGUAUUUAUACGAGUAAUGACAAACAACAUCUUGUGAUAUGUAUAACAAUUUAAUUAAGUUCAGAUUUUAAAACACUAACAACCUUUUUAAUCUACAUUCACACAUCAAUAUGAUAAUUCUAGAGCCAAAAUUAAUGCCUCAUUAUCUUUUGUUUACAUACAAGGAUACAUGUGC